CUCCGCAUCAUGGCUCGCUGGCUCCGCGACCGCCUCCUCUUCCGCAGCGCCAAGCCGGAGCCCCCGCAGCCGGAUUACGCGGCGGGUCCCGAACAGCCCGACCUGCUGGCCGCCUACCGCCUGCAACGCGAGCGCGACUUCGAGGAUCCUUACGGCGGGGGCUCCGCCACCCCUCCGGCCGCCCCCCGACGCUGCCGAUCCCCUCGCCGGAGGCUCAUCCGGGUGGAAGCAGAGAGGGGGGCGCGGGGGGCGCCCCCCGCCCUCGGGAUGGGGGAAUCGCCGGACCAGAAGGAGAACAAGAUGACCGUUCUGCAAGACUAUUCAGAGCCCUUCGACACAAGGCCAGAAACUCACAGUCAGAUGCAGGAGCAGCAAAGGGACAACGAUGAAGGCUACAUGGAACCCUUCGAAGCUCAGAAGCUCCUGGCUGAGGUUCAGAAGGAUGGAGCCCAGGAAGAACUUGCCACUCAGAAACCUCUGCACUUGUACGACACUCCCUACGAAGCCCCUGAGAAUGAAUCCGGCCCAGAGGACCAGGCUUCUUCUCAGCCGGCUGUCUCCUGCCGCUACUCGUGGUUGCCAGAAGAUGAUGAGAGGCCUCCAGAGGAGUAUGACCAGCCGUGGGAGUGGAAGAAGGAACGGAUCUCCAGAGUCUUUGCUGUGGAGAUUGAAGGGAUCAAAGACUUGCCGUGGCCUCCUCCGGUUGGACAGCUUGAUGGUUCAACUAACCACGUGGAAGCCGAGAAACACCUCCUUCUCCAAAGCACCUGCUCCAGAGAUGCUCCCCCGGGCCUCCAGAAUGCUAGUACCAGCACUCCGGACUCUUCUGCUUUGUCCUGUCCUCUGGAAAUCAAUAGUGCAGCCACGGUGAGAAACCACGUGCCCGUGUCCAUAGAGGGAAAGAGCACCCCCUGCUGGUUGAGCCCAGAGGAUGGGGCAGCUUUUGGCGAAUAUGUCAAUCCUGCACUGCCACUGGAGAGCCAAGCGUGGUAUCAUGGGACCUUGAGUCGGGUGGAUGCUGAGAGCCUUCUCCGACUUUGCCGGGAAGCCAGUUACCUGGUUCGGAACAGUGAAAGUAGCCACGAUGCCUUUUCCCUCUCCCUCAAGAGCAGCCAAGGGUUCCUUCACAUGAAACUCUUGCAGACAGAAGACAAUAAGUUUGUCCUGGGCCAGCACAGCCCUCCCUUCAACAACAUCCCAGAAGUUAUCCACCACUACGCCAGCCACAAGCUGCCCAUCCAGGGGGCAGAACACAUGUCCUUGCUCUACCCGGUCUCUACUCAGCCCUCCAGCUGCCUGGCCGCAGAGCAGUGACUUGCACGGAAGGGCUCAAAAGCCACGGGUUGGAGGUGUGCAUAAAAAUCCCAGGUUGGGUGGGACCAUUUGUGGUCCACAAGCUCUUGUUGCACGGAGCAGGCAGGAAGCACCUGAGGUUGGAAACCGUUCAUUGGUGGUCUGCAGAUCCAAGAAUGGUUGUAUCUUAUGCUUCGUAGUUGCCAAUACAGCCACACCUUGCAUGUUGGACUCCAAAGCAUUCUUGAAGGGUGCCAGGUCAUCCUUCUCCAUGUAAGGAGUGGUCAGUUCUGAGAUGGACCUUGUGAGCGUCAUCAGAUCCAGACUUUUGCGCCGAUGUCCCUGCAUCUACCCCCUCGCCUCCCAAAUCCUGAAUUCCAUCAGUGCUCAUCCAUUCCUACCUCUUGGGUAUCUCUCUUCUAAUUCUUCAUGGCUGCCUCUGCAAUGGAGGCCUUGCAGAUCCAAUGUUUGUAGGACCUAAUAUUGUGUCCAUCAACAUUUUUUGGUGGCAGCUUGAAUAUUUGAUGACAUCAAGAGAAGAGCUAAUGCCUGAACUGCCCCUUUAUUUCAUCCCUGACUUUGGAAAUGUCAUUCCUUCACCGAGUCAUUUAUACAUCUAUGCCACUCUUUAGAUCACGGUCUAUGGUAACUUGCUAGCCAGCCAAGAAGCCCUGAUCAACAUAACUAGGUUUAAUGAGCUAUGAGAUUAAUUUUGGUGGGUUCCAUCCCAUGAUCGAACGGGGGGGGGGAGGUGUCUCCAUUUUUACAGAUAGAGAAGGCUGUUUUAAUUUCUCAACUAAGAGAACAGAUUUCUCUUAGAUGUUUUACCCGAUUCUCGGUACUGAUGGAUUUCUGCUGUUGCUAAUUGGAGAGCAGAUGCAUUGAGAAGAUUGCUAUCUGGAUUGAUGGCUAAUAGACUGGAAAGCUAGACAAAAACAGAGCCCAUAUUUCAGUGCCAGACUGGAUGUUUGGUGCGCAAAGGUUGCAGAUCUAAUUCCCAGGAACUUCCACUAAAAAAAAGAACCAAGUUAUACUAUGAUGUGGAAAACUCCUGCCGGAGUGUUGGAGAGCUACUACUGGUUGCAUCAACAGUGUGGGCUAGAUGGACGAAGAAGCUGGCCUGGAAGCAGAUGGCUUGUUAUGGAGAGUCUUUGCAUGUGGCUAGAAGCAGUUCAGUAUUAUGAAUUUAUCCAGGAUGCAUUGUGAAAUCCUUCUUUGGUAAGAGUUGUCUUUUGUUGGUUCCUUCAAGCAAAUAAUAAAAAAUCAAAAUAGCAUAUAA